UUUCAACCUCACCCCUUCUCCUCCCUUGACCUUACCUCCAAGCUGCUUGCGUCGGCAUAUCUUCCCUCGUUGACGACCCAAAGCAUUUACCAUGUCCCUGCAAAUCCCCCACCGCGAGAAAUCAAACGGCGCAGGCGGCGUCACAAAGGCCGUCAUCCUGGUUGGAGGCGCCUCGCGCGGCACCCGCUUUCGCCCGCUUUCGCUCGAUGUCCCCAAGCCCCUCUUCGACGUCGCCGGCCACCCCAUCAUCUGGCACUGCCUGACCGCCAUCAACAAGGUACCAUCCAUCCAUGAAGUCUACCUCAUCGGCUACUACGAGGAAUCCGUCUUUCGAGACUUCAUUAAGGAUGCGUCGAGCGAAUUUCCCAACCUGUCGAUCAAGUACCUCCGCGAAUACCAGGCCCUGGGCACCGCCGGCGGCCUGUACCACUUCCGCGAUGCCAUCCUCAAGGGCCGGCCUGAACACAUCUUUGUCCUGAACUCGGACGUCUGCUGCAGCUUUCCGCUCAACGAGAUGCUCGCCCUGGCUGACGCGAAGGAUGCCGAGGCCGUCAUUCUGGGAACGCGUGUCAGCGAAGAGGCCGCUACCAAUUUUGGCUGCAUCGUCUCUGACCCACACACCCGCCGCGUGCUGCACUACGUCGAGAAGCCCGAGAGCCACAUUUCGAACCUGAUAAACUGCGGCGUCUACCUCUUUUCUGCCGACGCUCUCUUCCCUUCGAUCCGCACCGCCAUCAAGCGCCGCACCGAUCGGCCUCGCCUUGGUUCGUACCGCUCCUCCGAGAACCUGGCAGCUUCGUUCAUCGCCGACGACGACGAGGAUAGUGCAAAGAACGAGGUGAUUCGUCUUGAGCAGGACAUCCUCAGCGACAUGGCCGACAACAAGCAGUUCUUCGUUUAUGAGACCAAGGACUUCUGGCGCCAGAUCAAGACGGCUGGUUCCGCCAUCCCCGCCAACGCCCUGUACCUCCAGAAGGCUAUGCAGAACGGCUCCGAGAAGCUUGCCACCCCGUCUGCGAAUAUCAUUCAGCCCGUGUACAUCCAUCCCACCGCCCAGGUGCACCCAACGGCUAAGCUAGGUCCCAACGUCUCAAUCGGGCCCCGCGCCACCGUCGGCCCGGGCGCCCGCAUCAAGGAGUCCAUCGUGCUGGAGGAUGCCGAGAUUAAGCACGAUGCCUGCGUGCUGUACUCUAUCAUCGGCUGGAGCAGCCGUGUCGGCGCGUGGGCCCGCGUGGAGGGUACGCCCACCCCGGUGACGAGUCAUAACACGAGCAUCAUCAAGAACGGCGUCAAGGUCCAAGCCAUUACCAUCCUUGGCAAGGAGUGCGCAGUGGGAGACGAAAUACGCGUGCAGAACUGCGUGUGCCUGCCGUUUAAGGAACUCAAGAGGGAUGUUGCCAACGAGGUCAUUAUGUGAGCAUGGAGCGUCAGACUGAGAAGAUACCCACGCGGAUCCUGCCUUGGGAAAGCAGCGAGGAAGAGCUUCUUCUUUUUCUUUUUGUUGUUUUUUGGUUGCAUUUCCCAGUAGCGCGAUGUGUGAGGGCCGUUUAAAAAUAAUAGACGAAUCCACGGAUUGACUUGCUCUCAACGCGCCGUGCAGCCACCCUUGCUAAUCUCGCACAUCAACAAAACCGGUAUCUCCCUCCGUCUCAACAGCAUCGUUAUCCAUCAUCCUGAUGUUUGUCCCAA